AUGACGACAAAGGCGAUGAUGAUUUUGAUGGCGCUGAUGACGAUUUUGGUUUUCAUUUUCAUCACUAGCGAUCCACCUCACGUUGCUGAAAAAUUCGAGGUUAACAAACCAAUAAAAGAGAAAGAAAUGCUGUUCUUCGCCAGAGCUAAACAGGAAGGUAUUGACUCAUUCAACCUUGUCAUCAUUCUUUCUGUCUUCCUCACGUUCGAGACGAUCAUACUGGCUACCAUCAUCUGCUAUCAGCGAAAAAAGAUCAAAUCCCUGACCGAGACAAUCCGCUUGCAGAAGGCAGAAACCGAAACCACCAACUUAAGCUCCGACUCCGAAUAA